AUGGCCAGAGAUCCACAAUCCCUCCAACUCCCGUUGCGGUCCUCCAAUGCCAAUGUCGACAACUUUGACGACAACCAGGAAGACCUCCGUUCGGAAAAAGCCAACAACAGAACCUCCAAGGCUCAGAAGAUCUUGGGUACCGCUGAGGCCCCUAUCCAGCAGAGUAAUUCGCCCCGAGAUGAUGCUAGCAGCCAGAAGAGGCGCACACGCCGGCCAAGCUUCAUGAAGGGCGGCGGCUUCGUGCCUUUCCCCACGAUCAACGCCGACGAUGGCAUGGCUCAGCAGAAUCAACCACAGCUGCGUGUUCGCGCAUCCUCGCCGCUUCUGAUUAACACCCAGGACGCUGCUGCUUCUAACCCGAAGAAAACUGUGCAUCAGUCCGGCUCCGCUUCCACCCUCUUCUCCUACUUCAACUCCCGCGAUUCAACCACCGCCACCACCAUUGGAAGCCCGACGGAUCCCAAACCCGCACCCUCCUCCAUCUCCCUCAGUUCGUCCAAAAACUCGGCCAAGGACUCCAAGCGCAAGCUCCGCCCUCCCCGCAUUGAUCUCUCCCUUUUGUUCCCAAAACCAAAACCUGAGAAACCUGCCGAUGCGCCGAUGUUGUCUCCGCAGCGCAUGGUCCAUUCUCCGGCUCCCCUCUCCGCCCUUGGCGAGUUCCCCAAAUCGACCAACUCUGAUACUAGGUCUUCGGGGAGGAGACACACAGAGACACAAUCUCAAACGGAUCUACCUACAACGGCAGGACCACCACCGGCGGCCAUUCCCAGACCUGGUAGUCACCGUUCUACCCCCGCCAACCGGUCUUCUGCUAUUUCGACCGACACUAGGAACACGGAGUUCCUUGAGCCUUCGCUUCAGCGCACCGUUAGGACAAACGAAAUGGACAUGGCGCUCCAGAACUACUCCGAACAGCAGGCAGCCUCAGAACGUGCUCAGUCUGAUGCUGCAUCGAGUAUUUACUCCAGAAGCCGUGACCAAUUGCAUAGCAGCAGGGCCAAGUCCGACAGGAGCACCGGUAGGGUGUCGUCCAAUGGCUCUGCGGGUGGCUGGAGUAAGGAGACUUACUUGUCGCCCAAGUCGCAGCCACGCCCGGCACGCCGGCGCCAGUCGCCCCCGCGCGAUCAAUGGCCAGCUCCGCCGUCACGACGAGAGAUUGACACUUCGUCCAUGUCCAAGAAAAGCAGCAAGAGCAUGUUGGCCAACUCGGAUCUCAACAUCUCUAGUGUCCUCUGUUUGUCUUCCUCGGAAGACGAGGACGACCAUGACGAGGAACUGCCGAGCGAUCGAACGGGCGUCAGUCAUCUCAUGAGGGAUAGUGUCACCACCUAUGGUGAAUUCGAGCCCGAGAUCUGCACCGCUUCAGCAGCCCAGGCCACCAGAGGUCCGACCGUCCGGCGACUUGAUCUCCGACAGGCCGCGGCUGUCAAACAUCGGGGUCCCACCAUGCUGAUGAGUCCUUCCAUUCACCGGAAUGGUUCCAUGUCCACAGUUCGAUCCUCAUAUAUCGGUCGGAGACCCCCCAGUGGUAUUCCUACCAUCUCAGAACCGGACAUCAGUGACCACUUCCCCGCGCCUGGCGGUAACGGGCGUGCCUCGGCGGCAUCCCGGGAGAUCAAACAGACCAAUCGUCGCAGCCGAGUCAUCGCGGUUACAAGACAAGAGGAGAAUCUCCUCGAAGCCAUGCGGCAACGAAGGGGCAAAGUCACGCCUAGUCUCUUCAACGAAACACGAUUCAGCCAGAAUACGAUCGCUACCCAUCGCUCUAAUCCUAACCUUAAUCACCAUAAUAAUACUGAUAAUAACUCGCACGCCAUCGACACCGACAAAGAGUCUAUGCUGUCUGCUGCGCCCUCGCGCGACUCUCUGUACAGCGCUGACAUGUCCUUUCUGCGUCUGAGCGCGAGCAUCCCGUCAUAUACGACGGCGACCACGGCCACGAAUGAUAGAAACAACAACCACUCCCGGUCAGAUCAAGGUGCAGCACACCUGGAUAAAGACAGUCACCCUUUCCAGGGCGCGGCUUCUGAUGCUGAACAGAAAACCCUUAAUUCACCCCGCGCUAGCCUUGUCUACUCUGAAAGCCUCCCCUCUCCCGCGACCAGCGGUGCGUCUCCCCUGACGCCGACGCUACCGAUUCAUCGCUUCUCGCCGCUGCCCGGCCAGCAACACUCUUCUCCAACCCGCUCUCUUCCUACCACUGCGCAAAACGACCAGCGCCGGCACUCGCGCCGUCGCACUGAUAGCAGCGAAGCGAUCGUGCUGGGCGAGGCGACUGAAGGGUCGGCCAAGGAGACCGACGAGUUCCCGAUCUGGGCAUUGGGCUGGAACCAUGACCUGGCGGCUGUUCACUAA